AUGUCGACUUCCACCUCCGCGGCUCCUGGCUCCAAAUCGAAGCUCCCGGAGAGAUACAAGCGAAAGCUCACCGAGGCUAGAAGGGAGCAGAAUCGACGGUCACAGCGCGUCUGGCGAGAGAAGCAGAAGCAACGUCGAGAUCAGGAGAUCAAGGCUAGAGUCGCGCAAGAAUUGUCGAGGCGGGAGAGAGAACAUGCGCAGCGACCGUCGACGGAGCCGCUGGGGUCUGGUGAAGGCACAUCUGGCGCUGCCUUUCUAGAGCCGCCUCUUGACGAAAUAUUGACCGACACCAGCCCCGAAAAUGCUGCAAGCGAGCCCACCGCGCUGCCAGAGCCAGUUCUUCCAUUGAAAGUUGCGGUCUAUUACUACGUCCCGCCAAUUCCGGACGCGAUUGAUAUGCGACACUCGUGGCCCGUCCCCGACGACCUCGAUUCGAAGACAUACACGCUCCCACCGGGCGUUACUCCCUUGGAGAGCCCUCUGGACAGGCUGUCUCCCUCGCUCUCUCCCGUGAGACAGAUCUCGCCAUACCAGCGCUCCCCUCCGCCUUCCCUUCACUCUCACUCAUCAGCAUCACGCAGCAUAUCACGAACACGGUCGUCCCUCCCAUCACCCUAUGUGAACAAUCUCCAGCUUGUUGGGGAAUCCUGUUUCGCGGCGACCAUGUCGAUUGCGCAAAGCCUGGGCAUUUCAAUCGUGUCCUACGUCAACGACCACCCUUCUCCGUUUUCGACAACUUCCAAUGCAAACAUCCAUACCAUCCCCGUCGACCUCCGACCCACGGCCCAUCAACUCAUCCUUCCCCAUCCGUCAUACCUGGACUGCAUUCCGUUCCCCCACUUUCGGAGCAUGGCCGUCUAUCUCUCGAGUGUCAGGAAACUCGACCACAUGAGCCUCUUCCUCGACCUGAUACACGACGGCAUGGUCUGCUGGGGCCGGGAGCGCGCCAACGGGUACUACGGGAUGAGCAUGCGGGACGGCGUGGCAUGGAACAAGCGGAGCUGGGAAGUCAGGCGCUGGUUCUGGCGGAAAUGGGCCUGGAUCGCACGCAUGACUGUCGAGGACAUUGACAGCGCCGGCAGCGCCGGUGUCAUCACGCAGCAGUCCGAGGAGGAAUUUGACGACGAGGAUGGGAUGUUGAGCGGCAGCCAAUGGUGGUGGUCUCUCCACGAUGACGAAGAAGGAUAUCAUUCGCCCAUCGGAGGAGGCGCGGCGGCAUCGAGCUCGUCAGAGGUCCUUACCCAAGACCAGCCGGAGGAGCUGGGCAGCUUGCUCAGCCGCCACGUUGUAUGCAAUGUGGGAAUACGCCAGACGCGCGAAAACCACUUGCUGGUGAAGUGGGAAUAG